GGUUCUUUUUUUUUUUUCAAACCGGUCGGACCCCACUUAUGUAUACCCGUACUCAGCCGUCCUUCUUCUCCAUCUCUCUUCUUCUAAGGCAAACUCGGCGCCGGCCGUAUCUCACAUUUGCCCAAUGCAAUUUUUUUGAUUUCGAAUCCUUCACAAUCCCAAACCUAAGUUUCCAAACACCUCCUACUCUCUCUUCGAAACCCCGCUUUGGAUUGCUACCGACCACCAUGAACACACUUCCGGCGAAAAUGGCUGACAGUCUCUCUCUAAUCAGAACGUUUGCAACUUUUCCCUCUUCUCACCUGGGUUCUUCCAAUUAUGGGAUAGUUUCGUUCUUGCAACGAAAUAGAGGAUCAAGGGUUAGUUUUCUUAAAACGGAUUGGAGUUUAGAGAAGUGUUGUAUGCGUGUGGAGAAUUGUUUGCAAGCACUUCGUCCUGCCUCUGAAGCUUUUGCUCAAGAGGCUACAGAUGCCCUUAAAGCUGGGAAGGUUAUUGCUGUCCCCACUGAUACUCUCUAUGGACUCGCUUGUGAUGCUUGUUCUGCUGAAGCAGUCCAUAGGAUUUAUGAAAUUAAAGGACGUAAACUUACAAGCCCUCUCGCCAUUUGUGUUGGUGGUGUCUCUGAUAUAACUCGCUAUGCUAUAACAGACCAUUUGCCUUCUGGUUUGCUUGAUUCUCUCCUUCCUGGGCCUGUGACUGUUGUUCUGAAAAGAGGUGAAUCGAGUGUUCUUGACAAGUCUUUGAACCCUGGAUUGGACAGUAUAGGAGUCCGUGUACCUGAUGCUGACUUUAUUCGGCUGAUUUCUCGUAGAUCAGAGACAGCAUUAGCUCUUACAAGUGCUAAUUUAAGUGGACAACCAAGCAGUGUUUGUGUUAAUGACUUUGAAAAUCUAUGGCAACACUGUGCUUAUGUAUACGAUGGGGGUGUUCUUCCUGCUGGACGAGCAGGCUCGACGAUCGUUGACCUCACUGAGCGAGGCACAUUUAAGAUUAUAAGAGCUGGAAGCGCAGAGAAGCAGACUAUUGCAACACUUCAAAGGUAUUCACUAUUAGAAGCAGCAGCUACUAUUUGAACAUCUGAAUCUAGUCAUGUUCCUAAGCAUCUGUUCAUUACCAUAGAGGUUCUAAAGAUUCUUUUGGUAGGGUGAGUUAGAAGGGCUCGUUUCAAUUGAUUAGAAGAAAAAAAUGUUUUUAAAAAAGGUUCUUUUUUUUUUUUUAACUAUUUUGAUGAAAAGGAGUUUAAAAUAGAUUUUAAAAGUGUUUCAUUAUUUAUUUUUAGUGGUUGUCAAACACGUCAACUUUUUUUUUUUUCCCUAAAAUGACUUAUUUUCAAAAUACCAAAACUCAAACUAGAUAAUGUCUAGAUUAAGCUUAUGGCUUUACCAUUUCCUUUUUAACCACUAUAUUUCCCUUUUUUACUGAAGUUCUUGAUUUUGUACGAUUAUGUAACAUUUGGAAAUGUAUUAUGAUGAGGAAUUCACUAAUACUUGGAAUGAGAAGAACCUUCAAAUUUGCUUGCGA